AUGACGGAGCUGCUGACGGUGACCAGCAAUAGCAAAGGGAGGAUGAACGUGCCACGCACGCAGACGGCACAUGAUGAUCCAGAGAUGGCGUUGCUGCUGGGUAGCCAGAUCGUGCAGGGUUCCCUUCGCUGGUGUGCCUGCUGCUACCAACGGAAAUCCGAGACGGCAACCAGCCAAGCUCGACGCACCACGAGCUUUGAUCAGACUUUCUCGUUGCCCAGCCACGAUGACAUGGCCGAUGAACUCAGAGAGCCUACGCCCGACGAGAUGAGACGCUCUCCGGAGGCAGUAGUGCUGCGGCCAGUGAAGCUAGUCUUGAAGUGGUUCGAGAAGAUCGAACCUUUGCACAGCCGUCGGGAUCCACGAGCAGAAGUGCUCAGAGGUAUUCCGCCAGGUGGAUCACCGAACGCCGCCAUGGCACAAAUCAAAGGUGUUCCUUGUCGAAAAUGA